AUGAGGAUUUUUAGACCGUGGAGACUGCGCUGCCCUGCCCUGCACCUGCCCUCACUUCCCGUGUUCUCACUCAAGUGGAGCUUGCCCUCCCUCACCACUGACGAGACCAUGUGUAAAAGUGUGACCACAGGUGAAUGGAAGAAAAUCUUCUAUGAGAAGAUGGAGGAGGCAAAGCCAGCUGACAGCUGGGACCUCAUCAUCGAUCCCAACCUCAAGCACAACGUGCUGGCCCCUGGCUGGAAGCAGUACCUGGAAUUGCAUGCCUCGGGCAGGUUCCACUGCUCCUGGUGCUGGCACACCUGGCAGUCGCCCCACGUGGUCAUCCUCUUCCACAUGUACCUGGACCGCGCCCAGCGGGCGGGCUCGGUGCGCAUGCGCGUCUUCAAGCAGCUGUGCUACGAGUGCGGCACGGCGCGGCUGGACGAGUCGAGCAUGCUGGAGGAGAACAUCGAGUGCCUGGUGGACAACCUCAUCACCAGCCUGCGCGAGCAGUGCUACGGCGAGCGCGGCGGCCAGUACCGCAUCCACGUGGCCAGCCGCCAAGACAACCGGCGGCACCGCGGCGAGUUCUGCGAGGCCUGCCAGGAGGGCAUCGUGCACUGGAAGCCCAGCGAGAAGCUGCUGGAGGAGGAGGCGACUACCUACACUUUCUCCCGGGCGCCUAGCCCCACCAAGCCGCAGGCAGAGGAGGGUUCUGGCUGCAACUUCUUCUCCAUCCCCUGGUGCUUGUUUUGGGCCACGGUCCUGCUGCUGAUCAUCUACCUGCAGUUCUCCUUCGGCAGCUCCGUCUAA